UCCUCUCAGGAGGAGUCACAUGGCAGGGUCAAAAUACACUCACACCGGAGUAGGACACUACUGCAGAUGUUUGAGAAGUUUGCAUUCGUGCUGAAACUUUAUAUAGAAAAAGAGUUACAUUAAAGGGAAGAAAACAAACUAUGGAUAUCUUUAGUUCCUCGCUGGUGUUUGAAAAGGUGGAAGUCGCCAAAGACAAAGAUAAAUCCGUUAUCCAGUGUAUGGAAUGCUCCUGUGACAACGUCUACAUCGGAAGUAAAGACGGAGUCAUCCAGCAUUUCACUACAAGCUCGAAGAAAGGAGAUCGUCAAACGCUACGAGUGGUAACAAAAAGACAGAUGGGCCGAAGUGGAGAAAUCAGCCAACUGAAGGCGGUCCCAGUCCUGAACCACCUUCUUGUGCUUUGGGACAGCUCCAUCACAGCGUUAAACAUGUUCUCUCUGGAGCCCAUAGCAGCCCUGAAGAAGAUCCAGAACGUUUCUCUGUUUCGCCUCGGCGAACCCGUGGUUCGCACGCAGCAGGUUUUUGUUGAGCUGUUCGUCGCCUCCACCAAACGGAGAGCAGUGAGCAUACACAAGGUGUGUGUGGACAGAUGGGAGUGUGUAGGGAACGUGGCUCUGGCUCAGGAUCCUGUGGCUUUGGCUGUGCAUGAGACUUGCCUGUGCGUGGCUACGAGUGACAGAUACAUUCUUCAUGAUUACCAGACUCAGAGCGAGCUCGAGCUCUUCACACAUAACCUGGGAAAGCAAAAUGUUCUUGCAAAGCAAAGUGUGAAAGGAGAGUUUCUUCUAAAUGGCCCAGGAAACUUGGGCAUGUUUGUGUUGAAAAGUGGUAUAUCCCAGCGUCCUCCUGUGCCUUGGCCGGAUGAAGUGUUGGAUGCAGUGGUGCACUUUCCCUACGUGUUGGUGCUGCAGAGAAAAUCGCUCCACGUCUACAGCAUGCUGGACCAGCAGCUAAAACAGACCGUUUUCUUAAACAGCAGCAAAUCACUCCACUCAACCACAGACGGCGUGUUUGUAGUCGGUGACAGAGAGAUUCGCAGACUGUCACAGAGUCCACCGGAGGCUCAAAUCCAAAAGCUGCUCGGAUGUGAGCGAGUGAACGAAGCACUCGCACUGCUGUAUGGAGUUCAGUCUCUUCUGCCUGAAGACACUUAUAAGGAUCUGUACACGAGUAUUAUUUGUACCUCUGGAUGGAUUCAUUUCUACAGAGAAGCUUUUCUCGAUGCCAAAGAACUUUUUAUUGAAGGCAACUUGGACCCAAGGGAACUCAUUAGGCUUUACCCUGGCAUGACUCUCAUCAGUGAAGACUUUAAAUCUCAGCCUCCUACCGUGAGCAAUGCCAAAGACCUGAGGAAGCUAAAUAAUGAAGCCCAGCCUGAGUUUCAUAAGUAUCUAAGCUUCCUCAGCCUUUAUUUAAGAGAGAUCCGUAACACUGAUCUGGGCCAGCUCUUCACUCAGGACAUCGAUACUACCUUGUUUAAAGCAUACUUAGAGCUGGGAUCUCACAAUAACUUAGACCAACUUGUGUCUUCUCGUAAUGAUUGUGCCCUGGAUGUGUGCGUUCCAGAUCUGGAGCAUCAUAAGAGAUUUUUCACGAUCGGACUGCUUUAUCAAAGCCACGGUGAACAUUUCAAUGCAAUUCAGACCUGGGUGUGGAUGGUGGAUGAUGUGAGUGUGGACUCCUCCGAGCCAAAUGUUUUGCUGCACAUUGUAAAAACCCUCUCUCAGUUGAAAGAGAAAUCUAUCAUCAUGAAGUUUAUAGACUGGGUUCUUCAAAAAGACCAAAAGCUUGGAGUAUUAAUCUUUACGGAGCGAGAUCCAGGCGACCAAAGCACAUUUGAACCACAGGAAGUGCUUUCCAUUUUAACAAACUACCAACUUGCUUUAGUUUUGUAUUUGGAAUUUUUGGUGAAUGUACAGCAAAGUCAGAUGGAGAAACACCACACUCUGCUGGCCAACACGUACACCACUCAGAUCCUCCAUCCUGACCAACAGAUGAAGAGUGAUGCUGCAAACACGGAGGAAAUGAGACAAAAACUGCAGCAGUUCCUGUGGCGUUCCUCCUUCUAUGAUGCCGUUGCUGUAUACGAGAAAAUACAGUCAUCUGAUCUGCACGUUGAGAAAGCAAUUCUGCUGGGGAGAGUCGGGGAUCACAGAAAGGCCCUGCGUCUUCUCGUCAAUGAAGAACGAGAUGAAAAAGCUGCAGAACACUACUGCUCUAGGACCUCUGCUGGACAAGGCAGGGAAUUUACACAGCAGCUCUUCAGCUGCCUGCUCCAGACUUACCUCGAGUCCAGGCCUCACGUGCCGGCGGUCGUGGAUCUCCUGAACCGAAACGCGGUGGCCUUUAAUCUGCUCAUGGUGCUAGAGGUGCUUCCUGGCUCCUGGUCCCUGCAGCUGGUGAUACGUUUCCUGCUCGAGUCACUGAGGGUGACGACGCACGACAGGAGGAUGAGAGGCCUGGAAAAGAGCCUGGCCAGGAUGGACAACCUCAGACAGAGACACGCCUGGAUGGAAGCAACACAAGUGAUGGUCAGAGUGGACAGAAGCCGAGUGUGUCAUUCGUGUCAGAGACAAUUCUCCGGACCUGAAUUUCUGCGCAGAACUACAGGAGAGCUUGUCCACACACACUGCUACAACACGAAUAAAAUCCAAUAAACACUUCA